UUUAUCAUCUCUUGUAAGCAGUGUUAUAUAACCCAUCUCUCUCUCUCUCUCUCACAUAGAUAAUAUAUAUGGAACCUCACAGCUUGAGACUUGUUAUGUAUGGGCUUGCAGUAGUAGUAGUAGCCUCAGCGAUAUUGUUGCUUCAAAAUCCAGUGGUGGCUUCAACUCAUGAGUGUGAUUUUGGGGGUAUCUUCAACUUUGGAGACUCGAAUUCUGACACAGGAGGUUUAUCAGCAGCAUUUGGACAAGCCCAAUCUCCACACGGAGAGUCCUUCUUCCAUGCCCCUGCUGGUCGCUAUUGUGAUGGCCGUCUCGUCGUUGAUUUUAUUGCUGAGAGCCUAGGAUUACCAUAUUUGAAUGCUUACCUCGAUGCUGUUGGAUCCAAGUUCACUCAUGGGGCCAACUUUGCUACGGCUGGAUCCACCAUUAGACCCCAAAAUACAACUCUUCAUCAAAGUGGUUUUAGUCCUAUCUCUUUGAAUGUUCAGUGGUAUCAAUUCAAUGACUUCCAUCGUAGAACCCAAAUUUUUCGUCAAAAAGAACGCAUUUUCCAGGAAUUAUUGCCCAAGCCAGAAUUGUUUUCUCGUGCUUUAUAUACGUUCGAUAUUGGUCAGAAUGAUUUGACAGCAGGCUAUUUCCUUAACAUGUCUACCGAUCAAGUUAGAGCAUCUGUUCCUGAUAUUUUGGCUCAGUUUAAAGAUAUCUUACAGUAUAUGUAUGGUCAAGGGGGAAGGUCAUUCUGGAUACAUAAUACGGCUCCGGUUGGUUGUUUGCCGUACAUCUUGGAUCGUCUGAAAAUCACAGCCGCACAAGUGGACAAGGCUGGAUGUGCAGCUCCUUUCAAUGAUGUUGCUCAAUAUUUCAAUCGUAAAUUAAAAGAAGUUGUGGUCCAACUUCGAAAGGAUCUUCCACUGGCUGCAAUCACCUACGUUGAUGUUUACUCGGUGAAGUACUCUCUCAUUAGUCAAGCAAGGAAACAUGGGUUUAAGGAGUCGUUGAGAGCUUGUUGUGGCCAUGGAGGCAAGUAUAACUACAACAUGCAUAUAGGAUGUGGAGGAAAAAUAAAAGUGCAUGGCAAAGAAGUUUUAGUGGGGAAAGCGUGCGAAGAUCCAUCAGUUUGGAUUAAUUGGGAUGGCGUCCACUACACUGAGGCAGCUAACAAAUGGGUUUUUGAUCAAAUAGUUGGUGGUUCAUUUUCUGAUCCACCCAUUCCAUUGAAAUUGGCCUGCCAUAGGCAUUAAUUUAAGCCUAUUGAAUUGUGCACCCAACAAGUUUUAUACAAUUACAAUCUCAUUGUCCGCUCA